AGGAACCGGAUAUUAUGUGACAACAUGGAAGAUGGCGUCUCAGCAGCAACAACCCGGCGGUCCAAUGUCUCAACCCGGAUUGCAACAGACUGCUUCAAUACAACAACAACUCAGUCAACAGCAAGACUUUGAUCCAGUUCAUAGAUUUAAAAUGCUUAUUCCACAACUGAAGGAGAGUUUGCAGAAUUUAAUGAAGAUUGCAGCCUUAAAUUUGUCCCAUAACACUUCAAUUGACAACGGCAUUAAAAGCAGUGACACGUCAGUUCAACGCUUUGACAAAAGCUUAGAGGAAUUUUACGCCCUUUGUGAUCAAGUGGAGUUGUGUUUGCGUCUGGCGUACGAGUGCCUUUCGCAGAGCAUCGACAGCGCCAAACAUUCCCCCAACCUGGUCCCAACAGCCACCAAGCCAGACACGGUGCAGACAGAGUCCAUGUCUUARGCCCAGUACCUCAGCAUGAUCAAGUCUCAGAUCUCCUGUGCCAAAGACAUUCACAACGCGUUACUGGAGUGCUCCAAGAAGAUUGCUGGAAAGGGUCAACAUCAGGGGAUCAUGUAGACUUGGACAGACUAUUCAAACUCGUUUUGCAUGUUAUGCAAAAAUCCAGCGAAAUAGUUGUUUUUUAUGUUGUAUUUUUGUACAUACUGUAUUCUUGGAAGUUUUUUUCUCUUUAAUGACCAGCAGGUGGCGACAGAGUGCAGGUAGAGAUUUUGUAACAUUUGUAUUGACUAAUAAAACCUUUCUACAGAUGCUGAGGUUUCUGUUAUUCAGUAUGUACAGAGGAAAAUGAUCCAGUAACAUAUUUAAUUGGCCAUUUAUGUGAAAGCAAUGGAAAUAUAAAUGGGCAUGCAAGUUUGACAAAAGUUUAACAGUGUAGCUGAAUAUAUUAAAGAAAAAAUAAACUUGUAUUUGUAAAAAUG